CCCAAACUUCCCUCCUGGCAGAGUCACGGAUCUCAGGUCAUCUCUUACCUUCAGUCAGGUCAUCUUAACCUUCACGGCUCCUGGGGAUGACCUCGAUCAAGGCACAGCUGCAAGAUACGAUGUAAACUUUAAGAGGGACGACAACACCAUCACAACCUACUCGUCCAACGAGACACAGGAGGCCGGAAUGCUUGUCACCAUCAUCACGCAGUUGCCGGACUGUGAUGUCCUCUUCCACAUAACCGUAUCGGCCACAGACUCGCAGUCGGAGCGAGGCAAAGAGUCCAAUGAAGUGAGGGAGAUGGUGUCCUGCUCCGCCACAGAGACUCCGCCCAUAGACCCCCCAAAUCCCCCAACACCUCUGGGUACAGGAGCCAUCGUCGGCAUCGUCAUCGGCGUUAUUUUGUUCUUGGUGAUCCUCGCCAUUGGCAUAUACUUAUUUAUGAAUCGUGGCAACCUCGAUGACCUUUGGCUGUGUCGGUGCCUCAGAAAACCGAAAAAUGAAAAACUUUCCCAACCUCCGCCGCCGCGGUCGACCAUUAACGAAGUAGGCCUACCACCUUACAGUGGCGAACCUAGCCAUGACCCGCCGCACAUCUAUGAGAACGUCGCAUAUUACGGCUCGCAGGACGACCAGCAUCACGAACAGUUUUACAAUUAACCUUGCUUAGCUAAAUCAGAAAAACCUUAUGUUGAUCUUAGUGAGAAUUAUUAUUUAUUCGAGAAUAUUAGUAAAAUAUGAGCAAAAUUAGUCAUAAUUUUCUAAGUUCAUAUCCGUAUCAUCUUAACAGUCUUAUUAUCACAGUUAUUACUACUUUCCUGAUCUUUCAACGCAAUAUAGAAGUAAAAGCUUCCAUUAUUCUCAGAGUCCCUAAGGAUCUCAAAUUUGUUCUUAACCUUCACUUUGUUUUCAUUAACUCGUAUGAAUUCCGUAAUUCUUUAUUAGUGCACAGAAAUAAUUAGAAGCUUGUUUCAACAGGGCUGUUAGGUUCACUACCCAGAAUAUUUAUCAGCACUAAGAAUCAGUUAGUCACAUUUUAAUUACUAACUAGAUUUAAAUGAAUGUUAAAGUACCUUUACAAAGCUUUCAUAAUCUUAUAGUAUCAUUUUCUGUCUUUACACAACCAUUAUCUUAAGUUUCUUAGUGUUGGAUCAUUAAAAAAAGUAAUUAAUCAGUUGAAUAAUUCAUUCAAGGAUACAGUAAGAUUGUGGAAUUAUAUAAAACACUAAUACAUUUAUAUAGGUAUAUUAAAAAAAACAUUCUCUCUGUCAAAAGCAAAAAAAAAAAAAAAAAAAAAAAGUUAAUAUCCAUAGGUGAAAUUACUCACUGGGUUAAACACAAAAUACAAAAUACAUGCCAUUAGGCGGAUGCCCCGAAAUAAGAAUGUAUAUGACAUGGAAAUUAUCACUGAGGGUAAAUGAAACCCUUUAGUUCUGCCAGAAAAGUAAGCAAAACCAAUCUGGGCGUCAAUAAAAAACACCGGACCACAUUCAAGGCACAUAGACUCAUAAAUACUCCAAAUCAAUAUAUAUCACCAUUUACAUAUAUCGUUAAAUAAUCAUGCUGGAACUUCUUGUACUUCAGAUACUAAUCUUACAGUUAAAUCGUAUGAACAACAAAUACCACAAGACCGUGCGUCUCACCUCCACCGAAGUCCCAGUUCGAGUUCGCUGGUCCAACGCUUUGCAUCUCGCAACUCCCAUCUCAUUAUUACAUUAUAUAAUUUCUAAGCCGUUUGAGAUCACCAGGAUUAUCAAAAAUUAUUAUUACAUAUUUGAAAAAAAUAACCAAAGCAUAUUUAUUGCAUUUUUCUGAUUGCUGCUACUACAAUGCAGGAUCCACAUGAAUUAACAGAUUAAAAAAACUACUUUACUUAACAGUUAGUAUGGUUACGGUCCUCAGAAUAAUGGCUAUGAUAAUGCAGGCUAUACUGCAAAUUACGACAGGGAUAAAGAAUAAAUCAAAUACCCAAAUUUAGAGCCUUGAAAUUUUAGUUUUGCAUAUACGUUAUUACAGAAGACAACGUGCAAGGUGCUAGCGAGUUGUCAAGUGACGUAAAAUGUGCAAUACAAGAAUAAACAUGGAAACAUUGCAAGCAGAAAUAGAAAAAAAAUUGCCAACUGGAUAAAUGAAGACAGAUUUUUAUUUCAUUUUGGAGAUUAAGAGUGAAAACGGACAGAUAUUUGCUCUUAAUCUAAUUAUGAUAUGCAAUAAUUUAUCGCAUUGUUGGGAAGGAAAACUUAUUCUGUACAUGUUAAGUAGAUGUGUAUUGUUGAAUCCAACAUCCUAAUAAAUUUAUUAUGCAUU